AUGGCUUCUCCCCCAUCAACAUCACGAGCCUGGCAGUUCAGCAGCGCCAAAGGAGGUCUGGACAAAAACCUACACAUCAACGACUCUGCAGCCGUACCAAAACCAGGCCCACAACAGCAUCUCGUUCAAAUAAUUGCUUGCGCCGUCAACCCGAUCGAUUACAAACUCGUUGAACUCCCAUUUAUUGGUGGUUUUCUUGGCGGGAAAAAUGCAACACCAUGUCGAGAUUUCGCUGGCCGUAUCGUAACACCUGCCGCCGGCUCACCUCUCAAAGCUGGACAAUUAGUUUUCGGUCUUGCUGGUGCUAGUCCGAUUGCUGGAGGUGCCAUGGCACAGUAUGCGCUAGCUACAGAUACGGCAGUCACCUCAAUCCCUCAAGGUCUUGAUCCCGUGGACGCAGCCACUGUUGGUAUUGCUGGUCUCACUGGAUAUCAAACAAUUGCACCCUAUGUCAAACAAGGAGACAAAGUCUUCUUAAAUGGUGGUUCAGGCGGUGUUGGUGUUUUCGCUAUUCAGUUCGCAAAGUCUUUCGGGUGCCAUGUCACGACCAGCUGUUCCACAGCUAACGUUGACCUCUGCAAAAAGCUUGGUGCGGAUGAUGUUGUUGAUUAUAAGAAAGGAGACGUGGUUGACGCGCUCGUGGCUAGUGGAAAGAAGUUUGAUCACGUUGUUGAUAAUGUUGGAUAUCCUUCUACUCUGUACUACCGGGCUCACGAGUUCACGACCCCGGAAGCGAAGUUCGUCGUUGUGGGCGGAGAGUUCUCGUAUAAUGCUAUCACUACUACGUUUGGAAGACUAUUCCGACCCGGAUUCCUAGGUGGUGGGAAACGAAAGCUGAUCAGUUACAUGAUGAAGCCCACCGUUGAAGACUUGAACAGCAUUGGGAAAUUGAUGAGUGAAGGGAAGGUCAAGGCGAUCGUGGAUACCAAAUUUCUUUUUGAAGAAGGGGCUAAAGCUUUUGAGAAGAUAAAGACUGGGAGAGCAAAGGGUAAAAUUGUCGUAGUUGUUGAUGAGAAGGCUGGUCAGUAA